ACUGACUUCUUCGAAACGUCGGAGAAACUUGCUCGAGGCUCUUCGUCAUUUCAAGUGUACUACACGAGACCAGUUGACGAUGCGGCACCACUGUUUAUCUUCCAUCAUGGAGCCGGUUCUUCAGGGAUGUCAUUUGCCCCAUUGGUGAAGGAGUUACAGCGCGUGUUCAAGAGUGAUAAGGAGGAAAGCGACGUCUGUGGCGUGAUAUCGUUCGAUUCAAGGGGACAUGGCCAAACGACAAUAGUUGAGGAUGCAGAUGACUAUUCAAUGGAUAAACUAGUGGCAGAUGGGGUCUUUGUAAUCAUGGAGAUGGUGAACAAGGUGGGCUGGGGACAGCUUAAGAACCCGAUAUUCCUGGUUGGCCACUCACUAGGUGGGUCCGUGCUCACAAACGUUUGCUCUGUUCUGAAAUCCAAGGGUGUUCACGUCCAAGGAUUAGUGAUGUUAGAUAUAGUGGAAGAAACGGCAUUGAGAUCACUGAAUUCCAUGCCAACAUAUAUUGCACACUUACCCAAGUCAUUCCCGUCACUGGAGAGCGCCAUUGACUGGAAUGUGAGUGCAGGCUCUCCAAGAAACAAAGCAUCAGCGAUGGUUACAGUACCACCGUUACUAAUAAACAUAGGGAAUAAUAGAUACGUCUGGAAGAUGGAUCUAUCCAAAACAGAGCCAUUUUGGACUACGUGGUUUGAAGGACUAUCCCAGAGGUUUGUUAAGGCGCAUGCUGCAAAGCUUUUGAUCCUUGCUGGAACCGAUUCCUUGGAUAAAGAGCUCAUGAUUGGACAGAUGCAAGGGAAAUACCAGCUCGUUGUGUAUCAGGACUCUGGUCAUUUCAUCCAGGAAGACGUUCCAUUGAAGACUGCACUCACAUUACUGGACUUUUGGAAGAGAAAUAGUAAGCAGAACGUUGUUAUAAAGUCAACAUGGGGU